AUGCUCGUGGACAUGUCUGUGCUGCGGCUCCGGCAUCCCGCGAACGCCCUCAUGACAUCUUCAAUUCACCCCACGGGUGACACCAGCCACACACGAACUACAACUCAAAACAUCCCACCUAGAAGAGAAUCCUGGUUGGUAUACACUAUACCAUCAGGCGCUCAAACCUCAAUUCACAUUUCACAGGAUAAACGUGUACUAGUCAUCACUCAGGAUGGAAGGACUAUCACGGGUGAAUUGAAAGGCUUCGAUCAAACGACAAAUAUCAUCUUAUCAGAUUCAGUGGAGCGGGUUUAUUCAUCUGACGAGCCCAUGGAAGAAGUGCCCUUAGGUCUGUACAUUGUUAGGGGCGAUCACAUCUCGGUGAUCGGCGAACUGGAUGUAGAAGCGGACGCAAAAAUCGAUUGGUCUUCAAUACGUGCUGAACCUCUAGAUGAAAUACGACAUUAG